AAGAUGGAAGCGCAGUGUGCUUCGCUAUUUUUUUGUUGGUUUGAGUUAAACUAUUGUUAUUUUUUUUGUUGAACUCGGCAAUUGUUAUGAAUACACAAUGGGGUGUUAAAAUGUGUGCCCAGCCAUGGAGUCGACAGAUAAGAACAAUGCUAUAAAGCUCUUUGUGGGGAACCUGGCUUUGGACACCUCUCAGGAGGACCUGACACAGCUCUUUGGGCCAUACGGACAGGUGGUCACCUGUAGUUUACUCAGGCAGUUUGCCUUCAUCCACCUUCAGGGAGAUGGUGCUGCUGAUCGAGCCAUAAGAGAACUGAAUGGACGGGAGUUCCGAGGCCGCAACCUAGUGGUUGAAGAGUCCCGCGGGCGGCCCCUGAACUCCACCAAGGUGUUUGUUGGGAACCUUAGUGCCAUGUGUUCUGCUGAGGACCUACAAGAGCUCUUUCAGACCUUUGGGAAAGUUCUGGAGUGUGAUAAGGUCAAAGCGAGGCUCUCUUCCUCGGCGGGCUAUGCCUUUGUGCACAUGGAGCGGAAGGAGGAUGCGCUGCAGGCUAUCGAGGCCCUCCAUGGUACCACCUUCAAAGGCCGACCCCUCUCUGUGGAGCUCUCCAAUGUGCAGCCCAGUAAACCCACCACGACUACAGCCAAGGUCCCUGUUAUGAGUCACUAUGCCACUGAAAGCCCCUCCAUCAACCCUCAUAUGGAGCAUCACCAGAGUCAGGCUGCUGUACUGGCUGCUGCCGUUGCUGCAGCUGCAGGUCUGCCUCUUCAGGUGCAGCAGAGCUUGCACAACUCUGUCUACAACACAACAAGCUUUGAUCCCACCUACGCUGCGCUAAAGGGCAUGACGGCAGCCAGCGCCACAGAUGGUACUCCAGUGAGCCCUGCGGUCUACGGUGCCCUCGCCAGCCAGGUGUACGGCUCUGUAGCGGAUCAGGUAUACGACUCUAUAGCCAACCAGGCCUCCGCCUAUCAGAGUUCAGCGACACCGGACGCAGCAGGUUACAGUAACCAGUACGACGGCGCAGCUGGGGAGGCAUUGUCAUCCCAGGCAGCUGGAAACCCGGCCUACGGCGGGGCCUCUGCUUUCUACAACGGUAGCUCCGCCUAUGGCUCCACGGGGGGUGCAGACCCCACUGCCCAGGCCAUAUUUGAGGCAGCACGGGCCCGCUUCUUCCAGCAGGGCCAGCAGGUUCUAGCUGAGCAGCAGGCGGGGACUAAGUCAGGGGACCGGGACCGCAGCCCCGUGCGGCGUUCCGCCCCUCUGCUGCCUGACCCCGUGCCCCAGCCCUUUCCCCAGCCACGCCCCAAACGCCGUGCCCUCCUCCCAACGCCACCCGGCCGACCAGAGGACCCUGCGGCUGCUGACGGAGACCCCAUUGCCAGAUGCUAUGCAGAGUACUAUCAGCAGGUCCAGCAGUACCAACAGUACCAGCAGUACCAACAACAGUACCAACAGUACCAGUAUGGCUACCCACCACCAGCCCCGACCCAGAUGCCCCCCACGAUGCCCACCCAUCAGAUGCCUGUGCAGGCCCCGCCCCAGACGGAGGCCCCGCCCCCACGGCCUGCCACCUAUGCCCCAGCUAGAGCGUAUGAGCCACCUUCAUCACACAAGGAGCCCCUCCUCCGCCGCCCUGACUACUCCCACCUCCACAUGCCAGAGCCCCCCUACCGAUAAUCCUUUAGAUUGCAGUGUGUGUGUGUGUGUGUGUGUGGGUUUUGAAUGUUGUGUGUGAGAGUAGUUCUGGUCCGAAUGUGCAUCACUGCAAAGUACCCAUUUAUAAGUCCCCUGUUCUGCAGCUUUUUGUAUCUGAACACAUUUCUAACUAGUUAAUUUGACUUUAUUGUAGGCCUGGUCUUGAUAAGAAAGCUGCCCCACAAAACAGUAAUCUGUAUUGGGAAGUCGUUAUGGUAGUCUCUUCUUGAUUGUGUUGCGUACUGGGUGCUCUUUAACUACAAGUAAUCCUUAUUCAUCCCCUACAUUUUAGUUUAGCAAAACAAAUUCUCAAAUUUGCAAGAAUAUUCAUCCAUACCAGAUGAGUGCCUUGUUAAAAGCCUAGCUGGAAUAUUUUGUCAAAUACAUUUGUGUGUGUGUGUGUGUGUAAGAGCAUGGAAAGGAAGUGCCCAAAUCAAUCCAUGCAUUUUGUUAGCAGGCCCUUGCCUCUAUCCUCGAGGUGACCGUUAGCUCUUCCAAAUUUAACCAUUAGUUCACGUAUAUAGAUGAGAAUUUGUAUUUUUCCAUUGGCCAGAUUCCAUGUGUUUUUAUUUUUAUUGCCUUCAUCAAAGACUUAAUAUUGAAAGUCAAUGUUCCAAUAGGUUCCAGCGUAGAUAUGUAGAUAUUUGGGUAAUAAAGUGGUUAUAGGGUUUAGCGCUUGUGUUUAAAAAAAAUAUUUAAAGCAAGGGGCAAAGUAGCUUUACAUAAGGACCGGUGUGAGUGCAUGUAUGAAUGUGUGGGCAUGUGUAAACCAUCUAGGGGAACAAUAUAAGCGUUUUUGAUAAGUCACUUUUUAUAACAAUCACAGGAAUACACACACACACACAGACCUCAGUCAUCAGUCUUUCUCUCCAUAAAGUGGGGUGUUGGGGCUUUGGGAGAAACACUCGGGCGCUUUACUGCACCGGGGAA